AUGUAUAUGUAUCUUGUCAACUACAUCUACCAAAAUUUCAACAUCUACAUCAACUUUUUCAUCAAGUUCAACUACAACAUCCACUACAAGUAUGUCUACAUCUACCACCACAUCAACAUCAACAACUACUUCCACUACAACACGCACUUCUACAUCUACAUCUACAUCGACAAGUACUUCCACUUCAACAAGUACCUCUACAUCAACAAGCACUUCUACAUCUACUUCCACUUCAACAAGUACCUCUACAUCAACAAGCACUUCUACAUCAACAAGCACUUCUACAUCUACUUCCACUUCAACAAGUACUUCUACAUCAACAAGCACUUCUACAUCAACAAGCACUUCUACAUCAACAAGCACUUCUACAUCUACUUCCACUUCAACAAGUACUUCCACUUCAAACAAGACUUCUACAUCUACUUCCACUUCAACAAGUACUUCUACAUCAACAAGCACUUCUACAUCUACUUCCACUUCAACAAGUACUUCUACAUCUACAAGCACUUCUACAUCUACUUCCACUUCAACAAGUACCUCUACAUCAACAAGCACUUCUACAUCUACUUCCACUUCAACAAGUACUUCCACUUCAACAAGUACUUCUACAUCUACUUCCACUUCAACAAGCACCUCUACAUCAACAAGCACUUCUACAUCUACUUCCACUUCAACAAGUACCACUACAUCAACAAGCACUUCUACAUCUACUUCCACUUCCACAAGCACCUCUACAUCAACAAGCACUUCUACAUCUACUUCCACUUCCACAAGCACCUCUACAUCAACAAGCACUUCUACUUCCACUUCAACAAGUACCUCUACAUCAACAAGCACUUCUACAUCUACUUCCACUUCAACAAGUACUUCUACAUCUACUUCCACUUCAACAAGUACCUCUACAUCAACAAGCACUUCUACAUCUACUUCCACUUCAACAAGUACUUCUACAUCAACAAGCACUUCUACAUCUACUUCCACUUCAACAAGUACUUCUACAUCAACAAGCACUUCUACAUCUACUUCCACUUCAACAAGCACCUCUACAUCAACAAGUACUUCUACAUCUACUUCCACUUCAACAAGCACCUCUACAUCAACAAGCACUUCUACAUCUACUUCCACUUCCACAAGCACCUCUACAUCUACUUCCACUUCAACAAGUACUUCUACAUCUACAAGCACUUCUACAUCUACUUCCACUUCAACAAGUACUUCUACAUCAACAAGCACUUCUACAUCUACUUCCACUUCAACAAGUACUUCUACAUCUACUUCCACUUCAACAAGUACUUCUACUUCAACAAGCACUUCUACAUCUACUUCCACUUCAACAAGUACUUCUACAUCAACAAGCACUUCUACAUCUACUUCCACUUCAACAAGUACCUCUACAUCAACAAGCACUUCUACAUCUACUUCCACUUCAACAAGUACUUCUACAUCUACUUCCACUUCAACAAGUACUUCUACAUCAACAAGCACUUCUACAUCAACGAGCACUUCUACAUCUUCCACUUCAACAAGUACUUCUACAUCAACAAGCACUUCCACAUCUACUUCCACUUCAACAAGUACAUCUACAUCAACAAGUACCUCCACAUCUACUUCGACAAGUACCUCUACAUCAACAUCGACUACGGGUUCACCUAGUAUCUGCAACGUCACUUCCGCUGGUGACUUCACAUACUUUAUUUCCCAGAACUUCCCCAGCGUUUACACUGACAACACCAGAUGCACGGUUGAUCCAUUA